UUAGAAACAUUCUUUUGCAAAGCACUUCAUUGUGAUCAUCAUCAUCAUUCAGACUCAGGGCAGAGAAUGAGUUCUUCUUCUGGUCAGAGCAGUGGCUAUGAUCUCUCCUUCAAGAUCUUGCUGAUCGGUGAUUCUGCUGUGGGAAAAAGUAGCCUACUUGUUAGCUUCAUCUCCAAUUCUGUUGAAGAUAUUGCCCCCACUAUUGGGGUUGAUUUUAAGAUCAAGCUGCUCACAGUUGGUGAGAAGAGAUUGAAACUAACUAUUUGGGACACUGCUGGGCAGGAAAGGUUCAGAACACUAACUAGUUCUUACUAUAGAGGAGCGCAAGGAAUCAUUCUUGUUUAUGAUGUAACAAGAAGAGACACCUUUACAAACUUAUCAGAAGUGUGGUCUAAAGAAGUGGAACUCUAUUCUACUAAUCAGGAUUGCGUGAAGGUGCUAGUAGGAAAUAAAGUUGAUAGAGAUUCUGAAAGGGUUGUCAGCAAAGAAGAGGGUUUAGCGCUUGCCAAUGAGUUGGGAUGUUUGUUUUUUGAAUGUAGUGCCAAAACUCUAGAAAAUGUGGAGAUGUGCUUCAAGGAACUCGCACUAAAGAUAAUGGAAGUUCCUAGUCUUUUGGAAGAAGGAUCAACAGCAGUAAAAAGGAGUAUUUCAAAGCAAAAACAGGAACCACAACCAUCCGAAUUUGGUGGUUGUUGUUCCUAAUUGCUGUAAGGUGGACACUGAAUCAUAACUAGCACAUCUUGGACUGAUAUUUGUACAUGUAAGCUUUUUCCGUGAUUUCCUAUUGGUGUCAUUUGGUUGCUUAAUUACUUGUAUCAAUGUAAAUGGGCAAUUGGCAACAGCAGUGCCAAUACCUUGUGUAAAUUUCGCUGCCUUCUGUUACUGUUUCCAGCCUAUUAUUUAUUCAAAUCUCCACAACUUUGUGCAACUACGAAAGAUAUAUUUUACUCCA